AUGCUUAAAAGCGAGAUGAAGACUGAAGGUGAGAGGAAGCUGAGGAAAGUCCGAUUUCGAAUUGCUUCCUCUCACAGUGGGAGAGUACUAAAGGAAGUGUAUGCAGAUGGAGAAACCGCAGACUCUUUGGAUUCUGAAUAUACCAGUAGUUCAGAGACUGACCAAACCAGCAGACUGAGUGAAGCGGAUGGACAGCAGAAUGGACAUUUAGGAUCUGAGUGUGAUGAAAAUGAGAAUGAGCAAGAUGACUUGUUCAUUUUAGUGAGAGCUACUAAAGAGAGGGGCUUUGGUACAAAACGAGUCAACAUUCUAAGCAAAAAUGGUACAGUGAGAGGAGUCAAACACAAAGUCAGUGCUGGUCAAGCCCUCUUUAACAAUUUGUCAAAAAUAUUUCAGGUGUCUACAGUUCUAGAAUUUGGUCGCAUCGUAAUUUACACUACUAGCCUUCGUGUGGUGAGAACCACGUUUGAAAGAUGCGAGCUAGUAAGAAAGAUCUUCCAAAAUCACAGAGUGAAAUUUGAAGAAAAAAACAUUGCUCUGAACAGCGAUUAUGGAAAAGAACUAGAAGAAAGAUGCAGGAGGGUGUGUGAAAUCCCAUCACUACCUGUUGUCUUUAUUGAUGGCCAAUAUCUUGGGGGAGCUGAGAAAAUUCUGUCAAUGAAUGAAUCAGGGGAGCUGCAGGAUCUCUUAACCAAAAUUGAGAGAGUGCAGCAUCCCCAUGAAUGCCCUUCCUGUGGUGGUUUUGGCUUCCUUCCGUGCUCAGCGUGCCGUGGGAGCAAGAUGUCUGUGUUUCGGAACUGUUUUACAGACUCUUUCAAAGCCCUCAAGUGUACCUCUUGCAACGAGAACGGGUUACAGCGCUGCAAGAGCUGUGCAAGUUAAGAAUGGCAUCUUCCCAUGUAGAACCUCAUAUUAUGAUAUUACUGCAGCAGUUUGUUACAUACUUUUUAAAAACAACCAUGUUUCUGAUGCAGUCAACAAAAUGUAUUUGUAAUAAACUUUUUCUUAUUCAGUUGCUGAAGCCAUUAGCUCAGGCCAGUGCCUGUCACGUGCACUGAGUCUUAAAUAAAGGGAGAGUAUAGGCUACUUAAGAGAACAAAGUGCUCACAAACGUUAUUAGAUUGACAGCCUUUGGAUCUGAAAUCUUUAUUCACAUAAGAGAUUUAGCAGCAGGAGCACACUUUUCCUCACAUCGCCCCGCCCAAGGACCUCAAUUCUGACCUGGAGAAAACAUCAGAAGGAAGUUUAGACUUCAUAUCUGUUUGAUAGUUUCUGCACAGACUGCCAAUGAUGAUAGUGAUUUUGUGAUGUGAACUAAUUCCAGACCACAAUUCUUUCUGCAUAGCAUUUCACUAAACUGUCAGUUUGGUCACAACUCACCUGGGCUAAAAUUUAACAUAUAUGUAAAAUAUCCCAUAACAAUCCCUUGAACCAUUAACUCCCCUUAGCCUGCUACUUUAAAUGCCAAAAUAGUUUUAUUUAAAAAAGUUAUAUAAAUAUUUGGUGUUGUAGCUUCUGCUUGUAAUGAUCUCUAAACCAUCACAAAGAAGUAUUGAUUUGCUGCAUAGAAUCAUAGAAUAUCAGGGUUGGAAGGGACCUCAGGAGGUCAUCUAGUCCAACCCCUGCAGGACCAAUCCCCAAUUUUUGCCCCAGAGCCCUAAAUGGCCCCCUCAAGGAUUGAACUCACAACCCUGGGUUUAGCAGGCCAAUGCUCAAACCACUGAGCUAUCCCUCCCUCCCCAUACUGUAGUGAUAACUUGGGAUCACAAGAAAGCCUUACAAACUACAGGGUAGGUAAGGAAUUACAAUGAGCGUUCUGCUUUUGUGGCUUAGUAACAAAGAAUCUCUUCUUUCUCAUGGAUCAUCUGCAUGGCAGGACAGAUGUAUUUGCAUUUGCUCCAAGGAGUAGUCAAAAUGCAAUGUGGCCUGGAGUUAUUAGAGAGUGAACUACAAAUGUGCAAACUUUUUUGCAUAUUAUUUCCCUUAUAUAGUCUAUAUCCUAUCUAUAUGUUAUGCUGCCACAAAGAGGCAGCCUCUCUUAGUGGCUAAUGCACAAGGACUGGUUGGAUUAAUGGGAAAUUGAAUGGUAUUAAGGAAUAUGCUUAAACUCUUUAUCCUGCGAUUUACGAUGAAUGAAACCCUGCUUCUUUACAUUCUUUGCCACAAUUGUUAACUAGCACUGGAUAUAGACUAUGAGCACACUCUGAACAGUGACUACCAGGAUGUGUACUAGAUAAUCAAACUCCUUCCAAGAGGGAAUUACUACUAAAAAAAGGCAAAAAAUAUUUCCGAUUGGUUUAUAGCACUGAAAUUCUAAAGUCCCUCACCGAUGAAAAGAACUCUGCACUUUAUAUUGAUGAUCCAUCCUUCUACAGAAAUAGCAUAUGUGAAUUAGAGCUGGUUAAGUAUUAUCUCAUCACAGAAAGCUGUUUUAUUCACCCUGAAAUGUUCUUCUGUUAGGGAGAAGGGACUUGAACCUAGGUUUUUUUUACACUGCAGGCUACUACCCAACCACCAUGCCAGAGGAAGUCUUUGAAAGCCUUCAAAAGAUCUUGGCUUUAUAGGAAGAAAAAUUUUGAAGCCUCAUAUUAUUUUGUGAACCACAAUGGUUUUCCAUCCACCCCUCAUGUAGCUAUUACAAGAGAUACUCAGGAACUAAAAAAUUGGGCCUUGCAUUGCCCACAAUAAAUUACAGAGACCAAUCUUCAGCUAUUAUAAACUGUUGUGUCUCUGUUGACUUUAGUGAAGGGGUGACCAUUUACACCAGGUAAGGAUAUGCUCCCUGAUAAUCUCCUGUAUUAAGAAACUCUCCAUAAGUUUCCUCAAACUUACUGAGUAUAGUUCUGCUAGAAUUUUAAUAAGUGACUGUCUGUGCUAAGCAACCCAUUUUUGUUGCUCCCUUGCAUGGCUGUGAAAGGCAAGUUUCACUAGAUUUUGUUUGCAAAGACUGAACGAGGAAAGCAAAAGGGGAUGUGAUGGUAGAAAAAUAAGCUUUAAAAGUUGUAAAAUAGUUACAGAUAAAGAACAUAAUAAAAACGUGAGAAAGAGAUACAAAAAUGAAACAAAGUUCUAGUUAUUUUAAAUG